AUGACGAGUCUCUCCACCAAACUUGCUCAAUUGGAGAUAGCCGGCAAGCCGAUUCAAAUCGGUAUCAUUGGCGCCGGCAAGUUCGGCUCCAUGUUCAUAUCGCAAUCGCACCGCACUGCUGGCAUGCGCCUUGCGGGGAUUGCGGACUUGUCAGCAGAGCGUGCGAUGGCAGCUUUGAAACGGACUGGGUUUCCAGCCGACAAGUAUGAUGCAAGUGGAACCAUGUCCCUUGAGGAUGGUCUCAAAUCUGAAAAAACUGUCAUUACCACGGACUCGGCAAAGCUGAUCGCAACGCCGGGCAUUGAUGUCAUCUUGGAGGUGACGGGUAAUCCAGCUGCCGGCAUCAAACAUGCAUUGUUGUGCUGCGAGCAUAAGAAGCACAUCGUCAUGGUUAACGUGGAGGCCGACGUGCUCGCCGGGCCGCUCUUGGCCCAGAAGGCCAGGGAGGCAGGCAUAAUCUACUCCAUGGCUUACGGAGAUCAACCGGCAUUGAUCUCCGAGCUGGUUGACUGGGCCAGAGCUGCUGGAUUCGAUGUAGUCUGUGCCGGAAAGGGGACGAAGCACUUGCCACAGUAUCACUACUCAACUCCCGACACUGUCUGGGACCACUACGGCUUCACAAAAGAGCAGCUGGCAUCUGGCGAUUUCAACCCACAGAUGUUCAACUCCUUCCUCGACGGCACCAAGUCGGCAUUGGAGAUGGCUGCUGUGGCAAACGGCUGCGGGCUAUCCCCUCCAAGCAAUGGCCUGGCCUUUCCGCCUUGUGGCAAGCACCACCUGCCCGAGGUGUUGAAGCCCAAGUCAGAUGGCGGUCAGCUGGACAAGAAAGGCAUGGUUGAGGUGGUGUCUUGCUUGGAGCUUGACGGACGGCCCGUAUUCAACGACCUUCGCUGGGGCGUCUACGUUGUCAUUGAAGCUCCUGGAGACUACCAGAAAGAGUGCUUCAAGCAAUACGGGCUGGAAACCGACAGCAGUGGAAGGUACGCGGCGCAGUACAAACCCUAUCAUCUUAUCGGCCUGGAGCUCGGCGUUUCGAUAGCCAACAUAAUGUGCCGAGGUGAGCCUACUGGGCAGACCAGGACGUGGGCCGCUGACGUUGUUGCCACGGCGAAGCGGGACCUCAAGACCGGAGAGACGCUUGAUGGGGAGGGCGGCUUUACCGUUUACGGAAAGCUCAUGAAUGCAGCAGAUUCUAUCCAAAUGCAGGGUCUGCCGAUUGGAUUGGCGCAUGGCUUUGUGCUUCAAAGUGAUGUGAAGAAAGGUCAAGCCCUGAGCUGGAAGGACGUCAAGUAUGACGAGACACAGGCGGUGAAGGUACGACGUGAGAUGGAGGCCAUGUUUAGAAAGUAG